AUGGAGACUCUCCAAACAAAGUACCCUAACAGUGAGAAGCCUGUGGUUGAGAGACGUUUUGUGGAUCCUCCCAAAGACCCAGCUCUACAUUCAACAUGGAGCCACCGAUUUUGGGUUGCAGCGGGCUGCAUCACCGUGCUAGCCUCCUUUGCCAAAUCUAUCAUUGGAGGAUUUAAGUCUCAUCUCUGGCUCGAACCAGCUCUAGCCAGUUACGCAGGGUACAUCUUAGCUGAUCUAGGCGCUGGUGUGUACCACUGGGCCAUCGAUAACUAUGGUGAUGAGUCAACGCCUCUAUUUGGAACCCAAAUCGAAGCAUUUCAGGGUCAUCACAAGUGGCCUUGGAUAAUCGUAAGACAGCAGUUUGCCGUCAGACUAAACGUUCUGGCCCGAACCUUAACCUUUACAGUUCUCCCACUAGUUCUUGUGUUUAAUGAUCCUGUGGUCCAUGGAUUUGUGAGCUCAUUUGCGUUUUGCAUAUUGUUUAGCCAGCAAUUCCAUGCGUGGGCUCAUGAAACCAAGAGCAAGCUUCCACGUCUCGUGGUGGCGUUGCAGGACAUGGGGCUGAUCCUUUCACGGAGACAGCACGCGGAACAUCACCGAGCACAUAACAGCAGUUACUGCAUAAUGAGUGGUGUUUGGAACAAGGACAUGGGUCUGCUUGUUUCACGGACACAGCACGUGAAUCAUCAUCGAGCACCGUAUAACAACAAUUACUGCGUAGUGAGUGGCGUUUGGAACAAGGUUCUGGAUGAAAACAAGUUCUUUGAGGCAUUAGAGAUGGUGUUGUCUCUACAGCUCGGGGUUAGACCGAUAUCAUGGACCGGGCCAAAGUCCGAAUGGAGUGAAGAAACCGUCAUCUCCAACAACAAUCAAGCAUAA